AUUGAGUAGUAGAAGGUGCUGCCUCCCGCGAUUAUCCCUUUGUUGUAGACUUCGCUCAGCAGUGAACCUUUUCGCCAUCAUCUCCUGGCACCUUUUUCAUCCUAUCCGUAUCGGUUUGCUGAAAGUGACGACACUGCCAAACCAAUGGCCACCAAACAACGCAUGGUCAAGCUCUCGCUCUUCGCCAAGCGCAAGAGCGGCCUCUCAGAAGACGAGUUCCAGCAGUACUGGUCCGUGACGCACCAGGCCCUGGCGACCGAGUGGCUGGUGAAAUAUGGCAUUGUCAAGUACACCCAGUACCAUACCCCUUCACGGCUCCUCCCGUCUGCCCUCGCAGGGUUUCCGGCCCUGAAGGGCGCCAAGAAACUCGACUUUGACGCCGUCGGCGAGUUCCUCAUGCCCGACGUGUCGUGCUUCCAGAAGGCGCGCGAGGACCCGUACUACGCCGAGGUGAUCGCGCCGGACGAGGAGAAGUUGUUUGACUGGAGUUCGAUGGAGUGGACCAUCGGCUGGGAGGAGGUGUACAUCAAGGAUGGGAAGGUGGUGGAUAUGCCGUAUGGGGAUGCUGAGGUGUCAAAUUCCUGAAUAUUGGGGCGCCGUUGUGAUCCUGGAGAGGUAGUUCAGGACCAGGAGCAGUUCACCCCCCAAGCGCUAUCUAGUUCCCACACCGUUGCGCCUGGUGUCACUAGAGUCAUAGGUCGUUGAAGCCAAUGCAAGUCUUCUCAUGCAA